AAAAUCUUCACAGCACAAAUAUAAUUCACAAUAACUCCGUAACCGAACGCGAACUGAACUUUUAUAUAAUUAUUCGGCGGAAUGUGAAAUUACGAAGACGUCGGUGACCGGGCGAUACGUGUGAAAUCUUCACGACGACUCGAUUUGAACACAUGAAUUGGUCCUUUUAUAAUCUGUGUGGUUUCUAACGAUCUCCGUUUAAUCAAUAAAACAUUUUAUUAGAUACAAACGAACAGAAGAUCUUUAAAAACAAAUCAGCUGUCAACUCUAUCGAUCGGCGAGCUGACAGUUAACGCAGCUGACAUCACACCGCUCACUCGCUUCCACUCACUCGCGGUUUUUCUGCGUAUACCGCGCGUUCGCGACAUCGUCUAACCUAACUAUGCAUACGAAUUACGGUUCGUGUCGAUCACGUGUCGGUCGAUUUUAUUCUUGUUGAAGACAUUUAUGAAAAAUGGGUCGGAAGUGCUACUUGUGCAGUUAUUAUAAGGAAAGUGAUAAAAUUGUUUUGCAUCGAUUUCCCAAAAAAUGUCCUAAAUCUAUGUACGUUCAUGAACGAUGGCUGCAUGCAUGUGGACUAAAUGAGAGGGAUGAUGUAUCACGUAUUUAUAUUUGUACACGUCAUUUCCAUCCUAACGAUUUUGGAAUAAACAAUAAAAGAAUAAGAUUACAUCAUGGAGCAAUCCCUUCAAUAGCUGUCCCAAAUCCAGUAAUAGAAGAAAACAUCGUCGAAAAUAAUAAUGUUGAAGUUGCGGCAAGUACUUUUCCAAUGACAUUAACAAGUAGCAUCACUAUUGACAGAAUGGAAGUGCAGCUCGAGUCGCAAAAUAGCAAUAUUGAUACUGAUGAAGAACAAUCGAUACCUCAGAGUUCCAAUACUUUACAGUAUAAUACUCCACAAAAACAGCGUCGGUUUGCAACACCACGAUACAUUUCUGAAAUCGAACUGUCAGAUAUCGCAACACCUCGAAAAGCUGCAAGAAUGCUAAUGUUCAUGAAAGAAACUGAUAAGAAGUCCAAAAAAAUUAAACGUUUGCAACAAGCGAAUAUUAAGCUAAAGAAACGAGUCGCCUCUAUGCAGCAGAUGAUGUCGCAUCUCCAUAAAAAAGGAUUAAUUUCGAAAAAUGCUGAAGAAACGAUAUUGGUUCCAUAAAGUCGAAAGUCAUCAUCUGAAGAGACUAUGGGUUUCUGUAACUUGUUAUGAUGGUUUUCGAUUUCGUUAACUUGCGACAACAAGGAUUCAUUCUGGAAAAAA